GAAAAAUGAGAACAAAGUGAUUGUUCCUGUUCUCUUUCUUAAGUCACUUCAAAUGCUAUCCGUGGACGGGCGGCUCAUUGUCAGGAGAGCUGCGGAGCGAGCGGGAGGAAGAGAACUCAGGCUCAGGUACAACAGCAACAAGAGCAGCAGCGGCAGCACUUCAGCCAAAAGCAUCACAGAGAGAGGGGGGAAAAAAAGCUGAAUAACGAUGGAGAAAGAUACUGUGAACGUCUCGCCAGGUGAAAGUCCUUCUCAAGGAGACAGGCUUAGACAAGCACCUCAGCGGGGUUUCUACUUGGGCCCAGCCCCUCUUUAUAUUAAGCCCCCAAGAUUCUCUUUACCCAGUUACCCCACCAUCGACCCCUACAGCGCUCUCACCACACCGGCGUUCUUCCCCGUGCCCGGUCUCGGUUACGUUCCCAAAGAAGGAUUCCCAAAAAAGAAGAGGCUUCAUCUCAAAGCGGGCGCCCUGGGGGAAGAGUCGCCUGAUGGACAACAGGAGGAGGCAGAAGAGAGCAGGAGCAAGAAGAAGCUGGACAUCUCUCAUGUCCCCUUCUCGCUUCCACCUCGUUCCAUUUCCUCCACGCCCUCUCGACCAAUACCUGGGAUGAUUGAGCUGAAUAGGCUGCAGUUUCACAGCAGAACAGCAGGUUUGAAUCUCCCUGUGCAGGUGAAGCAGGAGCCUCCCAGUCCGUCCUCUCUUUGGCCUUCCUCACCUCUCCAUCUCCUCCACCCGCCUUUCUUCCCUCCUCUUUCUCACGGCCCUUUCCCGUACCCCUUCUUCAUGCCUGGGCCCGUCAUGCACAUCCCACCCGGUCCCUUCUACCCCAGAGAGGACCCCCGCUCCAGCAAGGCCCCACGUGACGAAGCUCCCGGCGGUGAGACCACCAACGCCGAGAAGGCGGGUCUCAACGUCCAUGUAGAUGACAGCUACUACGUGGACGUUGGCGGCGACCAGAAGAGAUGGAAGUGCCGGAUGUGUGAGAAGUCCUACACGUCCAAGUACAACCUGGUCACGCACAUCUUGGGCCACAACGGGAUCAAGCCACAUGGCUGUCACCUCUGUGGGAAGCUGUUCAAGCAGCUCAGCCACUUGCACACACACCUUCUCACACACCAGGGCAUGAGGCCUCACAAGUGCCAGGUGUGCCACAAAGCUUUCACCCAGACGAGCCACCUGAAGAGACACAUGAUGCAGCACAGCGAUGUGAAGCCAUACAGCUGCAGUGUGUGUGGCAGAGGCUUCGCUUAUCCCAGCGAGCUUCGCGCCCACGAGCUGAAGCACGAAAAAGGGCAGGAGAAUGUGUGUGUGGAGUGUGGUUUGGACUUCCCCACCCUGGCCCAGCUCAAGAGACACCUCACAGUUCAUCGUGGUCCCACCUUGUACAGGUGCACAGAUUGCCAGAAAACUUUCCAGUACCCGAGUCAGCUUCAGAACCACAUGAUGAAACACAAGGACAUCAGACCGUACAUCUGCAGCGAGUGUGGGAUGGAGUUCAUCCAGUCGCACCACCUGAAGCAGCACAUCCUCACUCACAAAGGGGUGAAGGAGCACAAGUGUCGCAUCUGCGGCCGCGAGUUCACACUGUUGGCCAACAUGAAGCGCCACGUCCUCAUCCACACCAACAUACGGGCCUACCAGUGCCACAUGUGCUUCAAGAGCUUCGUUCAGAAGCAGACUCUCAAGGCUCACAUGAUCGUCCACUCGGACAUCAAACCCUAUAAAUGCAAGCUUUGUGGGAAGGAAUUUAACAGAAUGCACAACCUAAUGGGACACAUGCAUCUUCACUCAGACAGUAAACCCUUCAAAUGCCUCUACUGCCCCAGCAAGUUCACUUUGAAGGGGAACCUCACCAGACACAUGAAGGUUAAACACGGAGUCAUGGACAGAGGGUUGGACGAAAGAUUGUUUCGUCAAAGAGGACGCCUCUGCCUGAACAGCUCCAUGGGCCUCAUCUCCCACUAUAGCCAAGAGGAACCGUUCGACCUCUCCCAGAAAGCUCCAGGCAUGCCCAGCCUCCGUCUCUCACAGUCUGACGGCGAAAGCAUCCCAGGAAGCUCCUGUCAGGAGGAGGAGGAUGAGGAGAGUUUGUACAGAAGGAGCCAGUACAGUCCAGAGGUGGAUCAGCAAGAGCCCCCAGGCACGGACCAGUACAUUUCUGACCUGAAGGAGGGAGAGGACGAUCAGGCUGAUGAACUUCGAACUGGCAAGAUGCCGAAACUAAAGAAGUACCUGGAUAGUUCAGAGGACGAGUCUUUGGAAGGAGAGAAAAAAUCACAAGGUCAAUUUAGUAAUACACGCCGCCUCCUGCAGUCAGAAUCCUCUGUUGAGUCUGAUGAAGAGGUGGAUGAGCAGGGAUACGCUGAAAGAGUCCGCUCCGAGUCAUUUGACUAUGACUCGAUUUCAGAAGACGAGCGUGAGGAAAGCAAACAGCCGCUGGAUGGUAGUUAUGGAGGCAUCGACGUAACGGAGGAAAAUUGAAAGAGCACACAAAAUAAAUUACAAGUUAAAUCACGAAUUAGAGAGUGAGAAAAAUUUGUCAAUGGCAAAAGUGAGCAAAAGUGUCUCUAUUAGUAACCAUACAAAGACAAUAAAUUUUUAUUUUGUCUGACAUUAAAUCGGACAAAACCUUUCCUACUUUAGGUCAGAUACAAUUUUAUAAAUGAUUUAUAUGUGCCUGAAAUAGCAAGACUCCUUAUAUACUUUAUUACUUUCUUUCAAAUUGACAUACAUUAAUAUCAUAAUUCCUUUAAACAACUGGAGAAAAAGAUCAAAUGAAGAUGUUAUGGCACCAUAAGAUCUUGAGAUAGAAAUCCACAACAUUUGAACUAAUUUAACUUACAGCUGUGAAAUCAACAUUUCGAACACACCAAUUCAUUUGUGACAUAAAUUAAUAAAUAGAAUAAAAUUUAAAAAUGAGACAUUUGGAAGAAAACUGUGGACAAUUUCAAGAUGCCCAACAGUAUUCGUCUGUUCAAAAAUAAACAGAUGAACACAAAAAAAAAAUCUGAGAUUAUGUUUUUGUGUUUGAUCUUCAAUUGUAUUUUUAAUUCUAACAUAUUGUGUUGAUAUGCAGAUCAUAAAAUACACAUGGAUGCUUAAAGCUGUGAAUUGCUACCAAUAUCAGACAUUGGGAAUAUAUUCUGAUUUAUAAAUGGAAAUUAAUUUGUAAAUAUAAUGAAAGAUUUAUUUAAUGUGCUAUUUUUUACAAAUCAAUUUACAAUGUUCACAUAAUUUUGCUUUAACUGUGACUGAAUUGUGUUACUUAGCAUGUUUGAAGACAGUUUUUGUGGGAGAUCAUGCGAAAACCAAAUUGUAAUCAGGUUUCAACUGCACAAAUUUGACUUUUUGUGUAAUAAACUGUGAUUUAGUUUCUUUAGUGUCUAAAUUUUGAAUCUGUAUGAUUUAAUAAGACUAUUGUUCUCAUUUGCUGUGUGGGUUUUCUAGCCUACUGCUGUUAAAUUGUAGCAAUAACAUGUUUCUACUGAAUAAACACAAACCUGCAAAUUC